AUGCUCCAAGAUUUCCCUGAAGACUACGAGGACAAGUCUGGCAUGAGCACCGUCAGCGGGACAGUCACACUCGCUAAAAACGAGCAGAAUCUCAUCGGAAUCUCCAUCGGCGGCGGCGCUCCCUACUGUCCCUGCUUGUAUAUCGUCCAGCUCUACGAAAAUACGCCUGCGUUGAACUGCGAGAAACUUCAGUGUGGGGAUGAAAUUGUGGCGGUCAAUGGGCUUUCUACUAAAGGAUUGACAAAGAGCGAGCUAGCCAAAUGUAUUCAGGAUGAAAACGCAGAAGUAACGAUUCAAUACAACAAGCUCAUUUGUGAUACAACAAAGGGGAAAACACUGGACAUCAAGCUGAAGAAAAUGAAGCACAAGAUCAUCGAAGGAAUGGAACCAACUACUGCCGACGCUCUUGGAAUAUCAAGAGCGGUUCUAUGCAACGACUCGUUGGUGAGGAAACUGGAUGAUUUGUCGCAGAAAGCGAAGCUUGCGAAAGGGAUUGUGCUAAGAACAAUCAGGUCGAUGAAGAUUUUGCAAGCGAGAAUCAAGGGACAUGAUCAAAUGGCUGCGGCGUUUAAGUCGAUUGCUGGAAGAGACUCGAAUCAUCAGAGCUACUUGGACCUGGCGAAAAUCCACGAAGUAAUGCGCACUGCGGAUCGAGAGCUGAUUGAUGAAACGAAACAAGUUGUUUCCGACAUCAUCGUUUUUACGGAUACAAUCGUUCCUGAUGCGAAAAUGACAGUGAAAAAAUACGCUGAUGCAAAAUUUGAAUACUUGAGUUAUUGCUUGAAAAUCAAGGAAAUGGACGACGAAGAGUCAGAAUGCAUCACUUUCAACGAGCCCCUCUAUCGCGUAGAAACUGGAAAUUACGAAUAUCGCAUGGUUCUUCGCUGCCGCCAAUCUUCCAGGGCGAAAUUUCAGAAGAUGCGAAAAGAUGUUCUCGAAAAACUCGAACUCGUUGAUGCGAAAUUUCAAGCUGAAUUCCCCGAUUUAUUGAAAAAACUCCUUGAUCUCCGCGCGGAGCAUGCUCUUAAAAUCGCAGAAAUCGAGAAUCACCUUGACAUUUUUCCCAUCGAAGCUGACCUUGAUCAGCAAACCUUCGAAUACGGCAGCUUGAGCGAAGAAGAUGAUCCUUCUGCCCUCGAUUCUUUAGCCAAAGAACUCGAAUCUUUUGAACUAGAAGAUACUCAUUCAAAAGAAGAUGCGGAAGAUUCGCUUAUCAACUUUGACUAA